UCUGAUUCAAUGAUAAUUUGAUGGGGAGGUAGUUUCACUUUCCAACCAUUACUUGAUAUUUAAGGAUGAAGGAGUAAACCUGAAAUCAAAUUUCAACAAAGUAGCACCAAAGUUGCAAAUUGCUGAUGUCUGAGUCACAGACCAUUAUAUUCGAGUUUCAUCCUCUCCCAGUAUCACUUGCAUCCUUGAAAAUGCAGCAGCUUCGGUUGCCUAAUCAUGUCAGGUCAAUAAGGUGAUUGGUUGGAUGAGUGAAGCUCAAGCCAGGCAAAGAAACAGUGGUUUUUCUCGGUUCACUUUGGUAAAUAGCUUGCUAAGCGCACUGAGGUACGAUAAAACCGUAAAAACUGCUGAAGCUAAAGUACAAGUAGGCGUCCCCUGUCCCGCCGCAAAAGUCAGUCACCAGUAGAAGUAAAGUGCUCUGUUUCUGAACAUCGGAAACCGUCUACUUGUCGCUGGAGAAUCUCACCCUUCUUGCUUCCUUGAUUGGAUCUCGCCGCAUCCUACGUCAACCCGACCAGAAUCUAAUGGGGCCUAGAUGGAAAGGAAAGGGCUUCAAAGCUAAAGCUCUUGCAGACCCCAUGUCAAAGGUAGUACUGCAGCUUCAGUCUUCUCUAAAUCAAUCGAACUGUGAAGGGUUUCUAUGUGGGUGUAGUGUGCUUCUGUCAGUUCAAGCAGAACAAGCUGAUCUCCUUAACCGUUCGUGCUUUGGUGAAGCCAUGGUCACUGCUGAGAAGGAUAAACAAUGGUUUCAGUUGAGUUUGGAGGAGGGCUUUUAUCUAAGCUAUGCUCUAAAAUGCCUCAGGAUAGUUGAAGAUAAAUGUCUGAAGAGUGAUGAGCAGCUAUGGCAGUGCAUGAAGUCUAGAAGCACAUUGUUUCCGUAUUUUUAUAAGGCCUAUUGUCAUCUUAGAAUGAAGAAUUGGGUUGUUAUGUCGGGGAUUACGUAUGGUGCGGACUUUGUUGCUUACCGUCAUCAUCCAGAGUUGGUACAUUCUGAAUAUGCGGUGAUUGUGUCAUCGGAGGAGGAGGAGGGUGGUGCAAAUAAUCGAUUGAGGGUGUGGUCUGAUGUGCAUUGCGCUACUCGGCUUUGUGGAGGUGUGGCAAAGGCAUUACUGGUUCUUGAUAUCAGCAGAAAUGGUCAUAGUGCAGACUCUUUAUCGUGUUUGGAGAGUUAUACUGUCAAGGAGCGCACGAUAACAAGAUGGAAUCCAGAACAGUGCCGCGAAGAUCAUACAAUGGUUGAAAGUGAAAAUGGAGCCAAGGAAGAGAUUUAGUUUUUUUAGUCUGCUGCUACCAAGUCAGAGGUAUGCCUCCCUAAUUGGAUAGAAUGAGCAACUAUUUAUUUGUUUGAAAAGAAUUUGGCACUGAUGGAAUAUAUUGCUCAUCAAGGUUUUAAUCGCAGUUCGUAAAUCAUAAAAGCUUCCUUGUAGGAAAUGAUGAAACUAAUAGUUUCCUACACGUCUGUAUAUUGCUUAUUGGAAGAUGAUUUUUAACUUUGGAACUUCAGAAGAGGGAUACAAA